CGUCAGUGUUACAAUAAUAUUAAUUUGGUAUUAUUUGCGGGGCGUAUACAAAGCAGACUUUGCCAGUUUGUAAAAGCUCAGGCUUUCUUGGCAGUAAUAGUGAGCAGUUCUGGGAUGUCUACAGACAGGCAUACUCUGUUGUGUGACAGAAGUGCCUUGCUCAGAAGUGCCUUUGAGAGCAGAACUGAUGUGUUUGUGUUAACUUCUGGUCUGAGGAGGUGAUUUCGAUGGCCACAGGGUUGCUCACCAUCGUUUUACUCUGUGCUGUUGUGGCUGGAACUUCGGGUAGAUCCUCAGAGAGGUUAAGUUAUGGAGCUUCCUGUUUUGCAGAAUGUGCAGGACACAGUGCAUCAUACUUCCCCAAAAGAGCUAGAUACAGCUACAGGUAUUCAGCAGUCACCAACACAUUCCUGCAGGGAAAUAGUCACAAAAGCAGUGGCAUCUCUCUGGAGUGCACAGUGAUCAUUGAAGUAUUGGGGAAUUGCCAGAUGGUUUUGAAAGUGCAAGAUGUACAGAUUAAGAAAAGUUUUGCAUCCAGAGAGGAGUCUCUGAUGGAAAUGGACAGUCUAAGGGAUAUACUAGAACAGCAUCCUCUUCAUUUUUCUUUCCAUGAUGGGAAAGUUCUGAAGCUCUGUCCUGUGAGGAGUGAACAGACCUGGGCACUGAACAUCAAACGAGGUAUUCUCAGUGUCCUGCAGACAGCCCCAGAACUCCCUGCUGCUGCUGUUGUUGAGGAGGUGGAUGUCCUGGGAGUAUGCCCAACCAGGUAUCAGCGAAAGGGUCCCAUUCUUGUAAAGACAAGGGACCUAAACCUCUGCUCCCAUCGCUCUUCUGGUUUGACUUCUGUGCAGUCUGUUGUUCUUCCUCAUGUGUCAUCUGACCAGCAGAUUCUGUCCUCCCAGCUGGAAUGUGUUCAGAGCAUUAGGGAUGGGGUCCUGGAGGAGGCCAGAUGUACCGAGUCCGACCGCGUGACGCUGUUCCCUCAGCAGGGCAGCGGGGCAGAGACACAGACACUGUCUGCACUCAGGCUCGUGCAAGUGGAAAGAGAGACACUCUACAACAAAGGGGACUCUGAGGAUCUGCAUGUGACCAGCAUUCUCUAUGAAAGGGAGGUAACUAAGAGGGAGGUCACUGGUGCAGAAGUGACUGAACUGGUGUGGAAGCUUUGCUUAGCACACAGUGCAAGUUAUGAGACUGCAGACCUUUUCAUGGCUCUCGUGUUUGAGCUUCGACACCUUUCUCUUGAGGCCUUAAGAGCACUAUGGCAAAGAUCAUCAUUUAAGUGCAGAGACAAUUGGCAACCAUUAAUAGAUGCUCUCCCAUCUUGUGCCACAGAGGCAUGUGUUGUCCUAAUGAAAGACCUCAUAGCUUCUGAAGAAGUUGAGGAAGACAAAGUAGAAUAUUUCUUCUGGUCAUUAGCAUUCAUUCCUAAUCCCACCUCGGGCAUGAUUGAAUCUCUUGCUCCUUUGCUGAAGUCACCUAGAGCAAGCCAGAGCUGCUUCUUGGGAGUAACUGCUCUUAUACAUAGGUUUUGUUCAGCUCACAGCUCCUGUGGUGUUGUACCUGCUGUGCAGAGUGUGAUGAGUACUCUUGGGAAAUUUUUGGGAGGAAACUGUACCGUGCAAGAUUCAGAACAUCUCAGCAAGAUGCAGCUGGUGUUGAAAGCCAUUGGAAAUGCGGGACUGGCAGCGGCUUCGCUGGCUCCUGCUCUGAGCUCGUGCGCUGCCCUGAGGAGCCGUCCCGUGGAAAUCCGCCUCGCUGCUGUCCAGGCCUUCCGGCGCGUUCCCUGCGCGGCCAGGAAUGCUAUAUUAGUUCAGCUGUAUCAAGCAAGCAGCGAAGAUGUGGAAAUAAGAAUUGCUGCUUAUUAUAUAGCAGUGAAAUGUCCACAUGAAGAGUUAUUUAAACAAGUACAAAAAACUUUGCUGAAAGAGACAUCCAGCCAAGUGGGCUCCUUUGUGUGGAGUCAUCUCUCUCAGCUCUUGGAGACAGAUGACCCAUUGAAGGAGCACCUUCGAGAUUCUAUUCCUGAUGAAAUCCUUAGCAAAGAUUUUGACUGGGAGACAUGGAAAUAUUCCUCAUACUCUGAUGUCACCUUUCACUCAGCUGGUGCCGGUGCAAACAUGGAAGCAUCAGUGGUCUUUUCUCCUGCAUCUUUUCUACCACGAUCAGUCAUGACAAAUUUGACUGUUCACUUCAUGGGACAGGCUAUAAAUCUCCUGGAGGUUGGUGUACGAUUGGAGAAUGCUGAAACUCUCAUAGAGAAGGGUUUUGGGCCGAAAUCUUCUACUUUCAGUGACUAUUUUUUUGGAAACACUGAUGAAACAAGCCACAAGUCAGAAACUCCAGUGGAAACAGCAGAGAAAGUCAAGCAGAGGAACCCAACUUUGAAGCAAUAUAGCCCCACUGAUCAUCUUGUGAGCAAGUCUGGCAAGCCAAAGCUGAGAAAAACAAAGAAAAAUUGUCUUGGGAGAAAAUACAGUAAAAUGAAUGAGUUAGUCAAAAAGUUCAGUGAGAGAACAGUAAAAAAGGAGGCGUUGAAAUGUGAGCUAAGCGUGAAAAUAUUUGGAAAUGAACUUAGCUUCUUAGAUUGUGAAGAUUUAAGAAAACAAAUGAAACAUUAUUCCUUAAAUCUAGCUGAGUUGGCCGUCAAACUUCUGAAGGGGCAAGAGGUCCAGUUCAAUAAAAGGAUGAGCUUGGCCACUGAAGAGCUGCAUUUUCCAGCAAUUUCAGGCUUUCCUGUUCAACUGGCAGUCAAUGCCUCAGCAGCAAUCAACAUAAAAAUCAAAGGGAAUGCUGAUUUCAAACAACAGUCCAAUUUCUUUCUAAAUGGAUAUAUCAAGCCAAGUGCAUUUGUUCAGCUUUCUGUCCAAAUGGGAAUUGUGGGGACUCUGGGACAAGCUGGCCUAAAGUGGUUAACAGGAAUGAGGACAUCUACUAGUCUUGAUGGGGGGAUCCAGGUGAAGAAAGGGAAAGAGCUCAAAGUUUUCUUGAACACUCCAGAAGAAUCUAUGGAGAUAAUUAAUUUCAGCUCUAAAGUCUACUUCAGAAUGGUGGAUGAGACAGAAGAUAUAGAUGUUUUCCAAGACCAUGCAGAAACCAGAUCUUGCACUAGGGAGGAAGUAUUUGAGAUUAUUGGCUGGCAGCUGUGUUCUGAAAUGUCCUAUCCUGACCCAGCCAGUGGUUUGGUUUUCCCCCUCACUGGACCUUUGAGAGUGGCUGUGACGUUAACUAAGCAAGACAGAGGCCUGCAGCAGUACGUGCUGGAAGCUGCCUAUCACUACAUAGCUCAGGAGAAUUCAUGGAUCCCUAGUGAAGCUGUCUUUCACUUCUUCCUUGGGACUCCAAAGUCAGACUUGAAAAGAGAUGUUGGUGUUGACUUAAGUUUUAGUGUCCCACAGAAGAAAUUCAGAAUCCAAUUUAUACAACCUAAGAAAAAAAUUGAGAUUGAUGGGAGGAUUGAGUUUUCCAAAAAUUCCCGAGUUGGACACCUGGAGCUGAUAGUGGAUGACCAAGAUGUGUAUUACAUUAAGGGAAUGGCAGAUUUGCAGAAGCUGAGUGGAGAGCAGAGAUACAUGACCCAGCUGGAGGUAAAACUGAUAAAGCAAAGCAGUCCUAUCAUUUUGUCAGGAAACAUCACUAAACAGCUUGGCAAGAAGAUAGCUUUUUCAGUAUCUCUGAAUAAUUUGUUGAAGGAAGCUGCAUUUCUUUCAGCACUUCUGGAGCAAAAGGUUGAUGAUAAGCUGAGACAAUACUCGUUGGAAGGAGAUAUUCACCUUCCAGGUGUUCUUGGAGUUCACGCCGUCGCUCUUCUCCAGCAGCGUCAGGGAUUGUGGUCUCAUGGUCUGCAGAUAAAAUAUGGACUCCUAGAAGAUGCAAAAAACCCUUGCCAUGAGUGCAGCACGCAGCAGAAAGUUCAAGUGGAGACAGGUGCACGGGGCUUCUACAGACUGGAGCUGGGCCAUGAGUUUCACUGUGUGCAGGCUCCCACCUACAGCCACCAGGUUCACCUGAAACAUGAAGUGACUGCAUCUUGGAUUUCCUCCCAGAUGGAAGUGAACUAUGGGAAACAUUGGGAUGAAAUAAACAACAAGAAGAAAGUGCUGAUCAGCCAAGCCUUUAAGAACAGCUCCAGUUCAUCUGUAGUCAGCUAUUUCCUGGAGUUUACCAUGCAAGUCCUGGAAAAACAGAUGAAUUAUAGAACCCAGCUGCAGCACUUGCACACCUCUCAGGUGUAUUUGCAGAGCAGCACCAAUUUUGAGGUGCAGUAUAAUGACCAUGUACCAUUUGUGGCUGGGCUGCAGUGGAAGGAUGCAUCCAGAAAUGGCCUGAAGAAGUGGGAAGGUGGGUUCAAUAUAGACACCCCAUGGCUCUACCUGUACACAGCUCACAAACUGCAUCAGCCUCAGCAUUCUGCUUAUUUACUGACAUCCCAGCUGACAGCUGGAAAAGCUCUCUCCAUUAAAGACCUUGUACUGGAACUAUUCUAUAAAGAUCAAGGCAAUGAGAAGGAAGGAAAAGUUCACAUUUACACACCAGCUACCACAUACCUGCAGGCAUCCACAGUUAAUCAUCUUGGGAGGAAUGUUCUGCAUAGCUAUAGUGAAAUGAUCUCUCUGUGGAAUCAGCUUGUGAAGAAUGAGAUUCAUUUGGAGAAUAAUGAACGAGCCAAACUUCUCUGCUUUAAGAUAAAGAGUACAAAACAGGAAUUUAACUUCACAGCCAGCUAUCAGAAUCUGCCCACGCCUAAGAAGACAAACUUUUCUGUGAAGAUUGUAUGGAGAGAUUAUAAAAGUCUGCCUGUUAUACUGCAGUGUGAAGGUCAGAUAAAAGAGCUGAGGAAGGAGAAGAUGCUCUAUCAAAAACGUGCAACCCUCCAUUUCAGGCAUCCUUUUAAAGUGCCUUUUCUGCAGAGCUUCCUUCUGCAGGAGACAUUUACUGUUGACAAAAAGCAAAAGCACUAUUUCAUGGAAACAAAAGUUUUGAUAAAUGGGGUGGAGGAAACAGUUCAGACUCUCAUACUUGGUUACCAACCUGAAAACCCCUAUAUUUGUGCUGGCUUAAUUCAUCCUUACAACAUCAGGAUGUUUCCCAAAGAUGUUGAAAUGUGCAUUUUAACUCUAAGUCAUCAAAAUGUGAAGCAUGAGCUUGAGACUGUCCUAAAGGUGAAUAAGGAAGAUGUUCUCAGUUUUCUAGGGAGAUAUCAGGACAAAUCCAGUGAGGCAGAUUUUAGACACCUUUUACACAUGGAUGUGACACACUCGUUCCAGCUUGAGUUUCCACAAGCAAUGGCCUUAAGUGGGGAGCUGUUCUCCAGGCAGACUGAACUGGAACACUUAGACUGUGGUGUGAGUGUAAAAGCCAUCAUCAACAAGAACAUGUCUUCACAGGCCCAGGCAGCCCUGAAGAGUUAUGGUGAAAACCAUGUCAAUGGCUCCCUUCACCUUCAUUCCAAUGGAAGGGAAGUGCUGAUGCUGGAGGUCGAUGUGAACAAUGAAAAGAGGAGGAAUGCCAGAAUUGUUGAACUGAGGGCUUUUCUCCAUCAGACAGUCCUGACAAAUCCAGAAUCAGUACAGCUCCAGCUCAUGGGCAAAAUAUUUCCAUCAAGACUUCUGUUGUCUUCAGACUUGAAGCUUAAUGAAAAUAGGCUUCACAUGGAUUUCAUGGGAGCCAGGGAGCAGAAAGCUGGUUUUGUUUUGUCCCUUAAUGGAAGAGUCCAACACACUUUUACUGGAUUAAAGGCCAUUCCUCAUCUCCUUUCUCUGGAUGGAUUACUGAAGUGCAAAAGCAACAUUCAUGAUGGUAACAUCAAUGUGAUGGUCAACAAAAGACUGUAUGGACUGCAUGUCAGGAACAGGAAUGUGUUUGGGAAUACCACUGUGCACAAUAUCACUGUUGCCAUGGUUCAGAAUGGCAGUCAGGCAAUCCCAGGGGAGGCAAGACUGAAAGGACACCUGGAACUGAGUAAAGAGAAGAAAAGAGGGCUAGCUAGCUUCCAGGUGGAUGAGAAGGCUCUUUCUGUAGAUUUUUUCAAUAUCAUGGAUCGUGGGCACGGCAGAGUCAGUGGGACUUUCACACAUAAUGUCGACUUUUUAAGAGAUGCAGGGUUGCCUUUGGAUGGCAUUCUUACUGCCACGUGUGAGCAUGGCACAGGAAAUCACACCAUUGCCAUAGCCCUGCAGAGUGGCAGUGAAAGGAUGGUUGCUGUGUUUGAGGGGCACGGACUGGCCACAGAGCCUCCAACAUCCCAGCUAUCUGUGAGCUUAAAGCACAACAUCUCAAAGAUAAAGAAACAUGGGAUCCCUUUUGUUUUAGAAGCUGAUGGCUAUUAUGAGAAUUUCUCCAGAAAGAUUGCUGCAGGGAUAACAACCACAGUGGAGACAGAGCAGCUCAAGAUUGAAAUGGAGAAGAAAACCACUGACACUGCUAUGAAAAUUUCUCUUUCGGUUCACCAUGAUGUGGGAGGACUGAUGGACAUUGUUCCACAUGUACUAGAGGUUGCUUGCAGUGGAGAAUCAGCUAACAAACAACUUUCUGGCCUUUGCAAUGGUGCAGUUGCAUUUCAUCAUUUUGAGACUCCAGCAAGAAUUUCACUGAAUGGGUCAAUAUUUACCAGCAACUUUACUGUCAUCCUCUUUGGACAUGCUUCUUUUCAUGACAUAUUUGCCUGCCUACAACUCUAUGCCACCAGUAACACCCAUCCUCAUUUAGAAAUUGACUUCCAGCAUUCUUUGCCUUCACUUCAUUCUCUGGGAAUUGCCAGAGAGAACCAGCUGAAGGUGUCAGCCAUGAGAAGUGACAAGUACAAGGGCAUCCUUGGUGUUGUCCUUGGGCCUUGCACUUUGGAAGCUGAUGGGGAAGUGGGCCUGGCAAGCAAUGAGACACGUUGGGUACUUGCUUUUAGAAACAAGUGCGUCAGUUUAGAGAGGAUGGGAUUGCCUCGUGCUGCAGUCUUGGGGGGCUCAUUUCAACAGAACAUCUGCAACAUGGCCUUGUUAAUGAACCUGCAGUGUGAUGGCAGAGCACUGGAUGUGCAGAUAGACACCUCCUGCCAGCAUGAAUAUACACUCCAAGGGGUGCUCAGGCAUUCAUUUCCCUGGCUCAGCCAGCUUGGGCUGCCUUUUGAAAACUCAGUCCUGUUCUCUGCAGCCACAGACUCCACCACAGAGGGCAUUUUCCUGCUGCAGGCUGGCAGAUGCAGACUGAGGGCUAGAGGAGAUCUCUGUAUUCAGAAUAAAGCUGACUGGACACUGGAAACAGAAACAGAAUGUCAGCUUCUGCAGGAUCUCAGUUUCCCAACUCAGUCACGGCUCACAGGAUCCUUUCAGAAAGACAAGUGCCAGGCAGAGCUGCUCUCUGUCCUGGAAACAGAAGGCAAAACUGCCCGUCUUGAAGUGAGAGCAGAGUGCAAGCCAAAGAUGGCUCUGGAAAUUCAAUUCAGGCACGACCUCCCCCAGCUGAGGGAAAUCCCAAGGGAAAAUGAGCUGUCCAUCACUGCACGGAAACACUUAAAAUAUCUUCUUGGAGUUGGAAUGAAGCUGGGUGCCUGUGAGCUUCAAAUGAAUGGGGACUUUGACCCCGAAAAAAACCUGCAGUGGAAAAUGCUUAUAGAAAACAAAUGCCAAACAAUCCAGGAUCUUGGAGCACCAAUGAAAAUUGAUGGCUCAGGCUAUCUUUUGAUGGAUAAAAUGAACCUAGAUUCACAGACACUGAUCACUGUUGAUGAAAGUAAAUUCCGAGGACUCUUUAUACUAAAAGUCACUGAUGAAAGGCAAGAGCUGGAUGCAGUGCUAACCCAUAACAUCCAAGGAGCUGCUGACAUUGGCAUUCCCAUGAAGAUGUUACUUGAUGUGAUAUCAGAAAAAAACAGUGACUUCUAUAAAGGAUUUAUUAAUUUCUGUGUGAACAACAAACAAAUUACGGAAGAACUGAACUUUGUCCAGAAGUUGGAUGUUGUGUCUCUUAAUUACAAACUUACUCAUAACAUAGACACAUUGAAGACUUUGCAAAUAAAAGACAGGAUUGAGCUGCAGGCUAUCUUGAACCUCAAAGUCAUCAGGAGCUUUAGUUUGAAAGUGCUUUAUGGUGCUCACCUAACAGUUCUUGAAGGACAAAUUCAAGAAUUUGAAACAAUUACCAACAUAACAGGGAAUUUCCAUCACUCUUUGCCAUGGCUGCUACAAGCCAGAGUCCCAUCAUCUUUACAGAUAGAUGUGGUUUUUCAAGGGAGAAACACUACUCAAGAGAGAUAUGUGCACCUUGCAGCUGGAGAAACAUCAAUCACAUACAUAAUAAACUCCUAUUAUGUUGGCCACCAAGUGGAUCUCUUCUGCCAGAGUGUGCACAGCAGUGAAGUACUCCAGGCAUCUGGCUACCCUAAGGCAAUCAACUUGAUUUUCAGUUUACAGAAAUCAGAAAACAAAGCCAAGACUGUCUGUGAAAUCCAAUAUGAUGGGAAAGAUGUAACUGUGACUGUGGAUGUUGAUACAGACUUUGAACUCUUUGGUAUAUUUGUGUUCAUGGCAGAGGUGAAGCAUUCAAUAUCACUUCUCCAUCACCUGGGACUUCCCUUCUUUCUUAAGAUGACAAUUCAAGAAGUCAUGACUGAAAAUGAAACUGAAGGUGCUCUGAGGCUGACCUAUGAACAAAACAAAAACUUCUCCUUUUCCAUCAGUAGGAAAAAAGACCAGCAAGGUGAAGAGUUGAAUAUAAAAGCACUCCAGACUCAUCCCUUCUUUCUACAGUACUUCCCCUGUGCAGCACAACUGUCUUCUAAGGUAAAUUAUGAUAUGAGUGAAGCAAAAGCCAAGCUCUACCUCAGGAUGGAAAAAAGGGAUUUCAACGUUUCAGCAAAGCUAACUUUGACGGGAAGCAGCUACACUAAUGCCAUUGAAGUGGCACAGACCAUGGCCCAGGUAAAAAUUCUUCCAAGGCAACUUGUGUUUAUGACAAUUUACCAAAAAGGCAACAGAACUCAUCUGCUGAGGCACAUUGCCCUGUGGGAUAGCAAAGAGAUAAGGCUAACAGGCACUUACACUGGACCCUUUCCAAAGCUGCCUGGAGGCCAUGGCAUUCAGGUGGAACUGCUCCAUCCUCUCUCCAUCCCUUUUCCACGGCAUGCCUGGGCCAACUUAUAUGUGAAACAUUCAGCACGCAGUCACCAGGAUGUUCUUACUGUCAUUUGGAAUGAGAAGGACAAGAUAUCAGUGUCAUCUUCUCUGAAGACUGGAAGACACCGGACAAGCUACAGAGCCACUGUUGCCCACCCAUUUAAUUACACUCUGAAGCAACUGGAGGUGCAUUCCCUGGCAGAAAGAAGGGGCAGGAAGUACAACCAGCAGCUGCAGGUCUCAGGGAAUGCUGGGCAGCCUGCUCACCUCUGGCUGGGGCUGGAGGAUAAAUCCAAGACAGACAUCAGUGCCUGGGGUGGCUGUGUGACACUCUCUGCAGGCCAGCUUCAGAGAAUAUUAAGCAUGGAACAGCUGCAUGCAUGUGGGUCUCUAGAGCAAAGACCAACACUGUUUAAUGAGUACCUAGAUCUGAACUGGGAUGACAAAAAAUUCAAACACAACUUCACGUAUGAGAGAAAUCAACUGUUGUAUCCUGAUAAGUUUCAGUUAGAAGCUGUUCUGGAAAAUAUUUUCCUGACCCCAUGUGCCAAACAGAAGAUUCUGGGUAAAAUAGAAACAAACUACUACUCUUGCCUGGAUUACUAUACAAGCUUUGAGUUCUGUGACCUUCCCAAUGUCAUUGUUUUAUCUGGAAAGCACCAGCUCAACAAAGAUGACAUCAUUUUGCAGUCAGAGGGCAGAUUCCACCUUGCUGAUCAUGGGAGAGAUGAGGGAUUGAUUGGAAUAUCCAUAAAGAAUCAGAGCACUGCAGAUGUGAAGAACUAUUCUCUGGAAAUUGAAGUGAGCUUCUAUUUUAUUUUACUGGCACUGGGGUUUGGUUUUCAAAGGCCUGCUGCCUCUAUUUUCCAAAGGGAUCCCAAAGGUGCCGGCAAUGACUGUAAAACAGCAGGCAACAUGAAACACUCCUGGUUCCUAAUAAAUGUUUUUCCUUUAUGGCUGCAGUUAAGAGCCUUUGAAGAUAUUUGGCUAGGCCUGACAGGAACUGCUGCUUCCUCAUCUGUUCAGAGCCAAAUCCUGGUGGAGGGGAUUAUUGACCAGAAAGAGAAAGUAAAAGUAGCUGCCUCAAAAGGAAAGGAGUGUUUUCAGUACUACAUGGGGUAUCUGCAAGGGGAUUUGGAAGAAGGAAUGGAAGUCAGUGCUUGUUCCGAUGGGAAGCGGAUGGCUGCCAUUAACACCUAUCUCAGCAUCAAUGGUGAAAGGCAGGAAAACGUGGGACAAGUAACUCUAGCAGCUGCUAAUGGAAGCUUGAGUUUUCUGGCCCAUGGAUGUGGGGAUCCAGUUCUUAAGGCUGAGAACAAGCUUAAUGAAAUUGGGAGCCUUUUGAAAGCCACACUGACUGAGAAGAUAAAGAAGUUUGAUGGAUACCUGUGGAGAUUCAGGAGAUCAGUGCAGCAUGUUGGUUUCCUGUCUGAAGCAGCUGGCUGGCCUUCAAUGGCCUUGCAAAGGGCAGCAGAAUUCCUUCACAGUGGGGCUACAGCUGUCACCCAGGUGUGGAAGCAAAGUGGAAUUGGGCACAUUCUGAGAACCAGGAUCCCACUUUACCUGGAGAAAAUUCAAGAUGUUGUCCAGCAAAUGCAGAAUGAAUUACAAAAGCCAUUAGCAACUUUGAAAGAUGCCUACUACGAUGUAACCUUGAAGCCACUGGAUGAAGUCUGGAAAGAGAAGACAGAAGAGCACAUGAAGAAAAUCCUGGCUUUCUUACCCAAGAUUGUAAAAGAUGUGUGGCUAAUGAAACCAAUUCAGAUGGCAUUAAAGAUUGCAAAAGCAGGCUUGGAUAUGGCUACCCAGCAGGUGCUCAGGUGGGCAGAGGCCACGUUUUCCAGAGCUGUGAGCAAGAUCAGGAAGCCCUUGCUGAACCUGUACAGUUUUUCACCCAGGAACUGUUCAGUGGCAGGAAAGCUGCCAGUGCUACCUACAGCAGACCUGUCCCUGCAGCUGGCAAAUGUCACCACUUACCUCAUUGGAGAAAAACUAAUGAGGCCUCUGCAAGACCUCUACAAUCUCAACAUACUUGCAGAGUACUACAGAAUCAAACGGAGGAUGAUGGAGAGCCCCUUUGAAUAUCAUGCUAUGUUAGUGGGGACCAAACAUCUUGUGACUUUUGAUGGAAGAAUGUAUGAUUUGGCAUCAAAGUGCAGCGUACUUCUGGCCAAGGAUUUUGUUCACAGUGCUUUCACUGUAAUACUAAACGAGGAAACUAGGAACUCAAGAUCACUGUAUGUGGAGAUGAAUCAGACUGUGAUCACUAUCUACCCACGACUGAAGAUCUCUAAGAUGUAUAACUUCUCCUUUACGGAAGAGAACUGCCAAGUGCUGGAUCAAUCCCUUGAAAACAGUACCAUGAAUUCAAGGCAAGGCACCAACAAAAUAGAAGUAUCUGAUCAGAAAGGAGUUUCUGUCUCUUGUGACUUUCAGUAUGAUCUCUGUACUGUCACGCUGGCUGGGUGGCACCAUGGUGUUUCAGCUGGGCUUUUGGGUACCAAUGAUAAUGAAGCUGGGAACGAAUGGAUGGUGCCUAAUGGUUCCUUCACUGACAGCGUGAAAGAGUUCACACAGAGCUGGCAGGUAAUGAGCCGAGGGGCUCCUGUGUGCAGGGCUGCUGACAGAGGGCACUGUCUGACAUGCUGGGUUGGCUUAGAUGAACUGAAGCUCGAUAGUGAGAACAGCAGCACACUGCAUUGUUUUGCUGUGUCUGACCAGGGAAAGGGUUGCACAUGUUUGCUAAAAACUGCUCAAGAAUUCCCUACAAAUAGGGAAUAUUUUUGGCCUAGAACUCAUCCGACCUUGAUGUAUGCAAAAAACCCCCAAAAUACACCAACUUCAGUAAUUCUAUUUUCCCAGGUGAAUAAGUGCAGUCUGGUGCAGAAGAAAGAGAAGCCAUGUCCAAUUACAGCUAAGCAAAACAUCUGUAAAGCGUUCUUUGAAGAACCACAUUCACUUCUUAGGAACUGCUUCAAAGUUGUGGAUCCCGUGCCAUUCUACACCAUGUGUACACAGGACAGCUGUGACUCCCCGGCCCUGGGGGCUGCCUGCAGCUUAGCAGCAGCUUUUGUUCAUUUGUGCAACCGGAAUUUUGUCCCUGUUGAAAUCCCUCCACAGUGCUCGAGCCAGUUCUGAAUGGCAGAUAGCAGCCCUGAAGAUGGAAGAACCCUUUCAGCACCCAAAACAGAACAGUUAUUUUAGGCAGACAAGCUAGAGGCAAGAACAGGGAGAGAACAGUAGAAGUGUGAAUGCAUUAGUGUUAACUGGUAAUAUAGUGAAGUAUAUAUAGUAUAAAAGGAAAGCUUUCCACCCAGAACCUCUGAGGGCAAAAGGAAUUAUUUCAGUGUAUUGACAAGAAAUUAUAUCAACCAAAAGAAAUCAGACAGAAAAGUAUCAGUUACUCUAAAAAAAUUCUCCCUUUCAGUUCCAAAAGUCUGCCUCUCCACAAACUUUGAACCACAGCACAAAUACACUGAAAAGCUGAGAAAAGCUCUCUUCUGGCUCAGAUUGGUACAAGUGGGCUACUUUGUGAAAGCAGCAUCAUCAGCUCAGUCAGCAGAGAUGCUGACUUCUUUUUUCUCCAGAAAUGAAACUCCAGCAUUCAGUGGUUCUGGAGACAGUUUCCAGGGAAAUGUUCCAACACACAAGAAGGCUAAGAGAGAAAUAAGAUGGGAAAUAAUGGAAAGCAGUUAAUAAUUGUCUCAUUUUUAUGCUGGUUGACUUUUCCCUUAUUAAUGUACACACUGUUAAAUGAGAAACAGCCUUCUUGGUUUCUGUGCACCAGUUUCACAUUUUCCCUUUGUGUCUUUAGAAAGCCCUUGUCAGCAGCCAGUUGAUGUGCUGGGAAAAGGUGACCAGUAUCCACCCUACCCAUGAAGUAACGUUAGGGUGUUACAGCUACUGCUGUGUGUCUCAGAUGUUGAAUCCCUUUCUGUAUUAUAGGUCACUUCAUUAAAAAAUUGCAUCAUCUUUCUCCACAUGGUGCAGCUAUUCCUUGGUAAAAGGUAAAUGCUGCAAAUGCAAUGUUUGCAUAAUAUGCAAACAUUGAAAGAAAGGUGUUUUGUACUAUGACAUCAUGCUAAUAAACAUUUGACUGCCUUAUUUUUA